CUUCCACGAAGUUUCCAUCUUCACACUUUUUCUUGUUAUAUUUGACUAAUCUUUUGUUAUUACCAUCUCUCACACACGCAACGAUUCUCUCGCUUCCUUCGAACUUCGCUCUUUCAUUCGCAUGACCCUCUUCACUAGCUAGUUCUAACCAUGGCUUCACCUUUGGAAGAAGGGAGGGAGAGGGAUUUAGAGAAGGGAUUAGUGCAACCACAACUAAACCAAAACGCUCUUGCCGAGCCAUCACCAACACCAUCGCCAUCUUCAACAUCAACUGCCCCAGCUCUAGUUUUAUCGAAUUCGGGCAAACGAAUUGACCAAGCUGGGAAGAAGAAGUAUGUAAAACAAGUCACUGGUCGUCACAAUGAUACCGAGCUCCAUUUGGCAGCUCAGCGCGGCAAUUUGGACGAUGUGCAGCGGAUUCUCAAUGAUAUCUCAAAAAUGAUGGGAACUUCGAGUGGGGAUGACUUUGAUGCAGAGGUCGCAGAGAUAAGGGCAUCAGUGGUUAAUGAAGUGAAUGAGUUGGGGGAGACUGCGCUGUUUACUGCUGCAGAUAAAGGUCAUCUUGAGGUGGUUAAGGAAUUGCUGCAAUAUUCGAAUAAGGAGGGCCUCACGAGGAAGAAUAGGUCGGGGUAUGAUUCGUUGCAUAUUGCUGCCGUCCAAGGGCACCACGCCAUUGUCCAAGUGCUGCUGGAUCAUGACCCCAGUCUGAGCCAAACACAUGGCCCAUCGAAUGCAACUCCUCUUGUAUCUGCUGCUACAAGAGGGCAUACUGCAGUAGUCAUUGAAUUGCUGUCAAAGGAUGGUAGCUUAUUGGAGAUUUCUAGAUCUAAUGGGAAAAAUGCGUUGCAUUUAGCUGCCCGACAGGGACAUGUAGAUAUUGUAAAAGCAUUGCUUAGCAAAGAUCCCCAGCUAGCACGGAGGACAGACAAGAAAGGGCAGACUGCUUUGCAGAUGGCUGUAAAAGGGCAGAGCUGUGAGGUGGUGAAAUUGCUUCUCGAUGCAGAUGCUGCGAUUGUGAUGCUUCCGGACAAGUUUGGCAACACAGCAUUGCAUGUAGCAACAAGGAAAAAGAGAGUAGAGAUAGUGAAUGAGUUGUUAUCACUCCCAGACACCAAUGUUAAUGCUCUGACCAGAGAUCACAAAACUGCCCUUGAUUUAGCAGAAGAGCUGACCCUUUCUGAAGAAUCAUCAGAUAUAAAGGAGUGCCUUUCUCGCUAUGGUGCUCUUAGAGCUAAUGAACUCAACCAACCAAGGGAUGAGUUGAGGAAAACUGUUACUCAAAUUAAGAAAGAUGUUCACACACAGCUGGAACAAACCAGAAGGACCAACAAGAAUGUCCAUAAUAUUUCAAAAGAGCUUAGAAAGUUACACCGUGAAGGGAUCAACAAUGCCACCAACUCUGUAACUGUGGUUGCAGUGCUAUUUGCGACCGUUGCUUUUGCAGCUAUCUUCACUGUACCAGGUGGUGAUAGGGAUAGUGGGGUGGCUGUGGUGGUGACUCAUGCUUCUUUCAAAAUCUUCUUCAUAUUUAAUGCUAUCGCUCUCUUCACGUCCUUGGCUGUUGUGGUGGUUCAAAUUACUUUGGUCAGGGGUGAGACAAAAGCAGAGAGGCGAGUAGUGGAGGUGAUUAACAAAUUAAUGUGGUUGGCUUCUGUGUGCACAUCAGUGGCUUUUAUGGCCUCCUCUUACAUAGUGGUUGGCCGUAAACAUGAAUGGGCUGCAAUGUUAAUUACUAUUGUUGGCGGUGUUAUAAUGGCCGGAGUUCUCGGGACCAUGACUUAUUAUGUGGUGAAGUCCAAGAGGAUUCGCUCAAUGAGGAAAAAGGAUAAGCAUGCAAGGAGAAGUGGUUCGAGUUCGUGGCAUCAUAACUCAGAAUUCUCUAAUUCAGAAGUUGAUCGGAUCUUUGCCCUUUGACGUGUAAAUCUGCAACUUUUGGCAACUGUACACUAGAAACAUAUGGGAGUUGAGAGCAAGUAACCAGAAGCCUCAUGCUUGAUAAAAAGCAGCUGUACUUUCAACAGUUACUUUGAUGCAUGUUGGCGGAUGACUUCUUUCACGAGCCCAAAGUUGUAGAUGUCAUGGACUGCAAAAAUGAAAUUCCAAGGCUGCUGCACUUCAACUAGCAUCAGCAUAAAUAAAACAAGAAGAAGCCACCCUUCCUUGCAACAUUUCAGGGUGGGCGGACAUUCUUACAGGGACAAUUUCAAUGCUUUGAGGACUGCUAAUUAUCCUAUAUGAUCUUCCAUCUGAGAGGCUAAGUAUGCUUGGAACACAACAAUAACUGCAACUGGUCUGCAGAUUAUGGGGUAUUUCUGUUGCCCUCGAAUGUAAAAUUAAAACUAAGCUCCGUACAAGAUUUCAAGUUCAGUACAUGGUUUGUAUUAACUGACCCUUUGUGUGUGUUUCAUUUCAUCUGGUAUUUUCAGGCCAGCUUCCUUUCACUGGGAAAUGAGACGGUGAGACUUGUAUUAAAUUACUGUCCAAUGCAAUAUAUUUAUUUUAAUGGCGCAUCA